ACGACGUGUCGUAAAUGUCCAAUCGGAGCAGAAGCUGUAUGUACACUACCGAAGACGGCUGACAGCUUGUUUAUUUUGCGUUCGUUGUCAUUUACCCGAAAUGUUUAUCCGGUUCUGGUGAGGUUCGGACCUUGGGUCCAGCUGUGAAAAUGGAGGCUGCGAUGGAGGACGACGUUAAAGACGACCACAACCACAACUACUGUGGGAGCGGCAGCAGUAAAGUCCAGAUGUCGGAUUUAACGACAGUCCCGCCGCCCGCCUGUCCGGCAGCGGUCUCCGGAGGGGAGCCGAAGUCUCGGCAGGGCAGACUGUGGUCCGGUGGUUCGGUCGGGUCGAGGUUUAUGGACUCGGAUACGGGCAGCGAAAGCAGCGAAGUCAGCGAGGCUGAUUUGACGCUAACAGCAGCAGCUAACACGGAGGGAAAACUCUGCCUCGGUUCUUCUUCAAAGUUCCUUUUGAAUGCAAUGGCUGUAGAAGAUUACAGGAAAAACCACUGGCCCAACCUGGAGGAGGCAAUUGACCGUCUGCUUUUCCAGAACCCCUCGGAUCACACGUCGGUGUCUUACGCACAGAUUUAUGGUUACAUCUACAAGUGUGUCUGCCAGCAGCACUCAGAGCUGCUCUACAGUGACCUGACGUCAAAAAUAACAGAUCGCCUGCUGCUGGUUUCCUCACAGCUGCAGUGCUGUCCAGCUGAGAACCUCAUUGAGAACUUCAACGUGGCUCUCACACAAUACACAGCUUCUCUUGAAUGUAUAGUUCCAGUCUUUAUAUACUUGAACAAGUUCUACAUCGAGUCCAAACUCAACAGAGACCUGAAAGACGACCUGAUGAAGCUGUUUGCUGACCUGGUGGCUGAGAGACAUUUGAGCACACUGAUGCCUCUUUUGAUCGAAGCUCAUUCGAUGCCUUUCCAUGUGCAGCCGUCGACCAUGGCCAGUGUGGUGAAGGGUCUCUACAGCCUCCGGCCAGGGGUGAUCAGUCUCGUAAACGUGCCAGUGAAGAUUCCUGAUAGCUGCUGACCUCUCACUGUGCCUCUCCUCCGCUGCGAGCCGUCUCCCUGCGCUCGGUACAAAAACAAAAAGCUUYGUUUUCGUCUCUGUUCGCCCGAGACGACAGAAACACUGUGAAUAACCAGGAGAUAAACUGCUGAGCUGAAGCCGAGAAGCUCGGCUGUCGGUUCCUCCGUCGGCGCGUCCAGCCCACCGAGACGGACUCUGUUGGAACCGGACCCGUCCUUUAACCCGAACUUUUAACCUGGAAGUGUCUUGUGUUUUAAUAGCCGGGGCUAAUCAAGACGUUCUGCUGCUAAUAAUUCAGUCGAUGUGUGACGUCCAUGAAUAUCUGGGUUUCUCGCGGGUCGCCUUCACCGAGGAGGAAAUCCUGAUUGUAGCUUCCCGUCACGCCAAAGAGGCUCGAAGGAAGAAACGUUUACUUGGAGUGAAGCUGUUUUCCUCUAAACGAGUCUCUGAGUCGUUUCUUUACCUGCAGCUGGUUGUUGGUGAAACCUGAGGGAAACUUCUGCCUUCCAACUUUUACAGCCUCAUUUCCUGUUUGUAAAGUUAACAAAACGUCUGACGUCCCGAUACGUACAGGAGCUGCUCAUAAAAUCAGAAUAUGAUGUGAAA